AUGUUUCGAGUCAAGGCUCUCUAUGAUUAUGCGUCCCCUCACGACGAUGACCUGAGUUUCCCGGCCGGCCAGAUCAUAACGGUGACAGAGGAAGAGGACGAUGAUUGGUACAUUGGCGAAUACAAAGAAGAUUCUACGGGGGCUAAGAAGGAAGGUCUUUUCCCAAAGAAUUUUGUAGAGAAGUACGAACCUGAACCUCCACCAAGACCCAACAGAGCCUCGCGUCAUAAACCCUUAGAUGCAGUUGCGACACAGGCGCUACCUCCCGUGUCCGCUCCAUUGUCAGAGGCAGAGGAGCCUAUUCAGGAGAGACGUGUCGAGCCAGCGACUGUUCGUCAGGCUGAAAUCUCCAAGGCUGCGCCAGAGGAGCCGGCAAAGACAAACCCCCCGCCGAAACCAGCUCCAGAACCAAGUCCUGCGCCCAAGCCUGUACCAAAUACCUCGAUAUCGAAAGCCCCUCCGCCAGUGGCUGAGAAAUCCAGUUCUUUCAAAGAUCGGAUCGCAGCAUUCAAUAAGCCGGCUGCGGCACCUGUCGCACCUUUCAAACCCAGCGGGAGCAAAGCAGGUGCGGGCUUCGUCAAAAAGCCAUUCGUCGCGCCCCCUCCCAGCAGGAAUGCUUAUGUUCCGACUGCACCACGCGAGCCCCCACCUCAGAAGGUCUAUCGCCGAGAAGAAGACCCGGAGAUAGCUGAACGUCAAGCUCAGGACCUUGAGGCCGCCGAAAAAGCUGGUCUAGCUGCAACUACAGAAGAAGCUCAGGGAGAUGACGCACCUAAACCUACAAGUCUAAAAGAAAGGAUCGCUCUCCUUCAAAAACAGCAGGCCGAACAGGCAAAACGAGCCGAAGCGACACAGAAAGACAAACCGAAGCGACCGAGCAAGAAACGAACCGAAUCGGAGAUUCAGGAUGCAGCUGCUGAUGAGAACAACGAGCUAGAUAAAGUAGCUAGCCCUGAUGGAUCCAAUAGAGGAUCUAUAGAUGUUCCUAGGACUGCUCCCCCACGUAAAAUAUCACAUGGACUUAAUGUAUCAGAAAUACCCCAGCCGGCAAGGGAGCUUCUUAGCGAUACAAAUGACGCUGAUCAGUCCGCUGCCGGAGAAACGACUGAAGAGGCCGAAGGUGAAUCCACCAGUGUCGAUGACAAUGAAGAUACUUCACGGCGUAUACCCCAAACCCCCCUUUCAACGGUCCACACCCACAAGGACAUCGAAGAAGAGGAUGAGGGUGCUAGCGAAGAAGAAGACGACGAGAUUGAUGCAGAAACACGACGUAAGCUAGAACUCCGCGAACGUAUGGCAAAGAUGAGUGGAGGAAUGGGUAUGGCAGGAAUGUUCGGUGGCGGCCUUCCGUCAGGGGGCAUUCCACCAAAGAAGAAGAAGACAGCGCCAGUACCAGAGCAAUCUGCUCCAGAUGACUACGAGAGGGCUCCGCGUUUACCAAUGAUACCCAUCCCAGGGAUGUCGACUGUCCGGAGCCCCGAGUCCGAAGAUACACAACUUAAUGUUGUAAAGGAAGACCAAAGCAGAAAAUCUGCCGUCAGCAAUCGAGAACCAGAGGAUGUGCCCGACAUCGAAGAUGUCGAGCCAGCAUCUCCAUCAGCCCAACGAGGUGCCCCACCGCCGAUACCAAGCCAACGGCCGGUGUCUAUGUCAGAGAGAGUUGCACCCCCAGUGCCUACCGAAAGACCCGUGCCACCAGCACCGGUGCCGUUUAGAUCGCCGACGUCCGGUUCAGAGUCGGACGAUGAGAUGCCACGAAGGUCAAUCGAGCUUUCAGCUCGCGGGCCUCCUCCUCCAGUUCCUGCCUCCGACCACUCAGGUCCCAGAAGCCCGUCCGUACCACGGCGAACCUCGACUAUGGGAUCCGACUAUGUUACCACCGGUGGAACAUCGUCACCUGCUGAGAAGAGAUCAAGCCGUAUUCCUCCUCCUGUUCCAGUGAUGAGCCCCCCAAUGUCUCCCCCAGCUCAAGCCAGGCCUCCACCACCUCCUCCGCCUACUGCAGCACCACCAAGCCGGCAGCCAACUAUAGACAGUAUUUCGCAACGAGUGUCGAUAGACGAUGAGUUAGAAGAAGAAACCGAGUAUGAAGGAGACUACGACACAGACAUAGCUUCUGGUGCGACGCACAAAGAAGCUCUUGGAUCCCAUGUUAGAGAGUCGAGUAUAGAUGAUAGCACUACCGCAGAUGAAGGACCGAUCAGGUCACCUAUUCUACCCCCUGCGGCCCCUCCUCCGGUCCCUUCUGCUGCUCGAGCUAUCCCUCCGCUGCCUCCACAGCAAGCACCAGCCGGCAGGCAAUCUACAGAUGCACCGAGGGGCGCUCCUCCACCUCUCCCUCCCCCAGCUCGCGCACCCCCAGGUGAGGAUGAUAAUGAUCAUGACUAUGACCCGUACAAGUACACAGCAGAGGGGCCUCGAACAUCAGGUAGACCGACUGUCCCACCGCCAGUUCCAGUUCAGGCUGCCCCUCCUCAGCCUACACCUACGAUCGAGAUCCCACAGGCCGAUUCCGAUGACGAGCUGUACGCAAGCCCACCGCCACCACCUGCUCGUCAGUCUACUGAGCGAGCCGUUCCGCCUACAUCUCAUGGACCCCCUCAACAGUUACCCCACUACGAACCAGCAGGACCCUCUUCAUCAGCUCGCAAGAGUCUGGAUGUCAACCGUGCUGCUGUUACGUAUGGAAGAAAGUCGACAGAUCUCACUAGCCCCAAGGAUCAAGGUUUCAUAGCACAAGACAUCGACUUAGCGGUAACAAGCUUAUGGUGGACGCAAUUGCAAAUGCCACCGCCAGCGUUUCAAGGUCGCAAAGAUGUUCUAUUCGAGGUGGAAGAGUCGACGUCUAGCAAACGUGGCGGACGCGCUACCGUCUCUCGUGACGUUUACAUCAUAUUCCAGGACUACUCACAGACCAUCGUAACGGCCCGAUUUGAUGCUCAGGAUCCUGCUGAUGUGGUUCUCGAACAGCGCCAUGAAGCGCCUCCUGCCCGUCUACGUCAAGAUCAACUUGAAGAUGCUCAUUCGCAGUUUGGACAGACCAUCUAUGAUAGCGUACAGUCCAAGCAAAACUCUGUCGUUGGUGACGGAACUCCGCAUGGUUUGGUUCAGGAACUGCUGAAACCGAUGAAGUCCGCCCUGCCGCCUGUGGGAUCACGCGCAUAUGGUGCUCUUGUUUACGCUAACCUCGCCAAUGCCACUGUUCAACAGCAUGACGAGAUUCGUCCCGGUGACGUCAUUACAUUUCGCAACGCGAAAUUUGAGGGCAAGCAUGGGCCCAUGCAUGCCAAAUACAAGAUGGAUCUUGGUAAGGAGCAUGUCGGAAUCGUUGCUGAGUGGGAUGGCACGAAAAAGAAGGUACGAGCCUGGGAGCAAGGACGAGAAAGCAGAAAGUGCAAGGUCGAAAGCUUCAGGGUUGGCGAUCUGAGGAGUGGUGAGGUGAGGGUCUGGAGGAUUAUGGGUCGUAGUUGGGUCGGCUGGGAUGAUGGCAAAUAA